GCCGCCGUUUCGUUCGUGUUCAACACACACAAACGUAACACCAGCUAACCAUGGUGAAUGUUAAGAAACGGAAAGGUCGGGUCGUCAUUGAUUCUGACACAGAGGAUAGUGCCAGCGAUGACAAUUUGGACCAGGAGCUUCUGUCUCUGGCGAAGAGGAAGAGGAUGGACUCUGACGAACAAGAGGAGCCAGUCAGUAAGCCUGCAGCCUCAUCAGACUCUGAGACAUCAGACAGCGACGAUGAGUGGACUGUCAGUGGUACCAAAACUAAGAAGAAGGUUAAACCGAGCAAAGGGUCAGAGAAGAAGAACACGGCGAAGAAAAGAGUGAACAAAGCGGCUUCAUCUGGAAGCUCUGAUGGAGACAGUUCAGCGGAGAGCUCUGCCCCCGAGGAGGGUGAGGUGUCAGACUCCGAAAGCAACAGUUCCUCCUCCAGCUCAGACUCAGACUCCUCCUCAGAAGACGAGGUCUUCCGGGACGGUUACGGGGAUGACUUGAUGGGGGACGAGGAAGACAGGGCUCGUUUGGAGCAGAUGACGGAGAAGGAGAGAGAGCAGGAGUUGUUCAACCGUAUUGAAAAGAGAGAGGUGCUGAAGAGGAGGUUCGAAAUCAAGAAGAAAUUAAAGACGGCUAAGAAGAAGGAGAAGGAGGAAAAGAAGAAGAAGCAAGAGGAGGAACAGGAAAAGAAGAAGCUGUCUCAGGUCCAGGACGCUCAGGUGAUGUCACACAACAAGGAGAGGAGGUCUAAGCGGGAUGAGAAGCUGGAUAAGAAGUCCCAGGCCAUGGAGGAACUGAAAGCUGAGCGUGAGAAAAAGAAAAACAGGACAGCUGAACUGUUGGCCAAAAGACAGCCGCUGAAGACCAGCGAGGUUUACUCAGAUGAUGAAGAGGAGGAAGAGGAAGACGAUGACAAGUCCUCAGUGAAGAGCGACCGGAGCUCACGCUCUUCCUCUUAUGACGAGGAAGAAGAGAAAGAAGAGACGCCACCCAAGUCACAGCCUGUGUCCCUCCCGGAAGAGCUAAACCGCAUUCGUCUAUCCAGACACAAGCUGGAACGCUGGUGUCACAUGCCCUUCUUUGCGAAAACGGUGACAGGCUGUUUUGUACGGAUAGGAAUUGGCAACAGCAGCAGUAAGCCUGUAUAUAGGGUGGCUGAAAUUGUUGACGUAGUGGAGACUGCAAAAGUGUACCAGCUGGGCUCAACAAGAACAAACAAGGGUCUACAGUUACGGCACGGUAAAGACACGCGAGUUUUCAGGUUAGAAUUUGUGUCCAACCAGGAAUUCACGGAAAACGAGUUCAUGAAAUGGAAAGAUGCGAUGAUGGGAGCUGGAAUGCAGAUUCCUACUCUAGAUGAAAUCACCAAAAAGGAGCAGUCUAUCAAAGAGGCGGUCAACUACAAAUUCAACGACAAAGAUAUAGAAGAUAUAGUCAAAGAAAAAGACAGGUUCCGAAAGGCGCCGCCUAAUUAUGCCAUGAAGAAAACACAGCUGCUGAAAGAAAAGGCCAUGGCAGAGGAGAGCGGGGACGGUGAGCGGGUCAAGCACAUCCAGGACCAGCUGAACGAGCUGGAAGAGAGGGCAGAGGCGUUGGACCGACAGAGGACCAAAAACAUCUCCGCCAUCAGCUACAUCAACCAGCGGAAUCGGAGUUGGAACAUUGUGGAGUCUGAGAAGGCCCUGGUGGCUGAAGGGCAGAACUCGAAGAACCAGCAGAUGGACCCCUUCACCAGACGCCAGUGCAAGCCCACCAUGGUGUCCAACGCCCGAGACCCAUCUGUCCACGCUGCUAUCCUCGCACACUUAAAUCAGAAGUACGGCUCGGGGUCAGGUGCGGACAACACACCCGAGAAGAACAAGCAGGGACAGCCUAACCAGAAAGACAAAGAUGUAACCAAGACAACCAGUGACCUUUCAGAGGACCUUUUCAAAGUGCAUGACUUUGAUGUGAAGAUUGACCUUCAGGUUCCCAAUGCAGAGGCAAAGUCUCUCUCUGUCAGCUCAAACGCUCUGCCUGUGAAGGACGGGGCACCUCGGCGUUCACUCAACCUCGAAGACUACAAAAAGAGACGGGGGCUAAUCUGAAGGCUCUUCCAAUCCAAACUCUCCCUGCAUGUGUCAGCCAUUUGCAUCCAGGACCUUCUGCAAAGGCUGCCCCUGUGUGUGUGUGUGUG